GCCCUCUUUGUUUUUCCCCCGAAGGUCCAAUUAGCCUAUCGGGUUCUCAAGCCCAAAUCCCUAUCUCUCUCUCUCUCUGAUUCUUCGAUCGGAUCCGAUCCGCCGUCUCCGCCGUGCCGGAGAUUCUCCUUUCACCUCCGGUUACCUUCUGGGAUCUAAUUUUCCUCCGUCGGCUUUCUUCUCGCAGCCCAUGUUCGAUCCGAGUCUCAGAGGAGUUAAGAUCAAGAAGACGUCUGACGAGAUGGAAACAGCUAUUGAGGUCUACAAUCAUGAUGAGAUGGUAACCCCAGAAACACAACCGAGCAAGCGUCGGAAAAAGAAGUCAAUGGUGUGGGAGCACUUCACUAUUGAGACAGUAAGUCCUGGAUGCAGAAGGGCAUGUUGCAAUGGAUGUAAACAGAGCUUUGCUUACAGCAAUGGUUCGAAAGUUGCGGGUACCAGCCAUCUCAAGCGACACAUUGCCAAGGGGACGUGCCCUGCGCUUUUACAUCCCCUCGAGAAUAACCAGCUUACGCCAUACACCCCCAAGAGCGAUACACCGAGAAGGCGGUACCGAACCUCCGGCUCUACCUAUGUUCUGUUUGAUCAGGACCGUUAUCGCCGUGAAAUCGCCAAGAUGAUCAUUAUGCAUGAUUACCCCCUUCACAUGGUUGAACAUCCAGGGUUCAUCUCCUUUGUCCAGAGUCUUCAGCCUCGCUCUGAGAUGGUGAGUUUCAACACUGUUCAAGGAGAUUGUGUCGCAACUUAUCUUGCGGAAAAGCAGAAUGUCAUGAAAUAUCUCGAGGGCGUUCCUGGGCGGUUUGGCCUUACCUUGGACUUCUGGACUUCGAAGCAAACUCUAUCGUACGUGUUUAUAACUGGUCACUUCAUUGACAGUGAUUGGAACUUGCAGAAAAAGCUUCUCAAUGUCGUGAUGGAACCGUAUCCGGAUUCCGACUCUGCUUUGAGUCUUGCUGUUUCUUCUUGCCUUGCUGAUUGGGGUCUUGAGGGAAAGCUGUUUUGUGUUACCUUAAACUAUCCUGUUAGUAAAGUCGCCCUCGAGAAUCUCAGACCUCUACUCUGCAUCAAGAAUACGAAUAUUCUCGACGGUCAGUUGUUAAUCGGGAAUUGUGUUGCCCGUACAUUUAGCAGCCUUGCAAAAGAUGUGAUUGUUCAAGGAAAAGACGUGAUCAAGAAGAUCCGCGAUAGUGUGAAGUAUGUGAAAACUUCAGAAUCGCGUGAGGAGAAGUUCCUUGAACUUAAGCAACACCUCCAAGUUCCUACCGAGUUGAUACUUUCCCUCGAUGAUCAAACUCAAUGGAACACGACAUAUCUGAUGCUCGUGGCUGCUUCAGAGUUAAAGGAGGUGUUCUCGUGCUUAGACACCGCUGAUCCUGACUACAAACAAGUUCCAUCAGCUGAAGACUGGAGGCAGGCCGAGACCCUUUGCACGUUCUUGAAGCCUCUUUAUGAUGCGGUAUACGUUCUUCAAUCUACUGACAACCCAACUUCGGUUACGUUCUUCCACGAAAUCUGGAAGACGCAGGCAGAUCUCUCCCGUGUGAUUGCGGGUGAAGAUCCUUACAUGGGUGGCCUUGCUAAAACCAUGAAAGAGAAGAUCGACAAGUACUGGAGAGAUUGUAGCUUGGUUUUGGCCAUGGCUGUGGUCAUGGAUCCUCGGUUCAAGAUGAAGCUCGUGGAGUUCAGUUUCUCGAAAAUAUUCGGGGAAGACGCCCCGAAGAAUAUCAAAACCGUGGAUGAUGGGAUUCAUGAGCUCUUUAACGAGUACAUCGCUCUUCCUUUGCCACUCACCCCGACUUACGCCGAAGGCGGUGGGGGAGACCCGAAACCGGAUGGAUUGAUAGACUUUGACAUGUACAUUAUGGAGACGACUGGACAGAAUCUGAAGUCGGAGUUAGACCAAUACCUGGAUGAGACGCUGUUACCGCGUGUUCAGGAGUUCGAUGUGUUGGACUGGUGGAAACAGAACAAGCUUAAAUACCCGACGCUUUCGAAGAUGGCCCGAGAUAUACUAUCAAUUCCCGUGUCGGCUGCAGCUUUAGGCUAUGUAUUCGACAUGGAACCGAGAGAGAUGGACGAUUACAAGACGUCGCUGAGGCCAGAGACGGUUGAAGCUCUGAUUUGUGCCAAGGAAUGGAUUCAGAGUGAGGCUUUUGCUGCUCAAUCCGCAAAUGAUAGUUCCUUAUGACUGAAAACUGUUUAUUCUCUAAUUUUGUGCCUUUGGUCUGGAACCAAAAACUCAGUGUGAAUUUGCAUUAGGAUUCCCCUCUUUUUUAGAUUUUUACCGUAACGAACUUUUACCCUCUGUGGCCGUGUAACUUAUUUCCGUUCUGAUAUGAGA